AUGACCUCCCCAAUUCGUGUCACAGUUCUCAUUUCCGGUAAUGGCUCGAACCUGCAAGCCGUGAUCGACAAAAUCUCCGCCGGUCAGCUCAACGCAACAAUUGUCCGUGUAAUCUCCAACCGCAAGACUGCAUUUGGUCUCGAACGUGCAAGCAAAGCAAACAUCCCGACCCAUUAUCACAAUCUCGUGAAGUACAAGAAACAGCACCCCGCGACAGCAGAGGGCAUACAGCUUGCGCGCGAAGAAUAUGAUGCCGAGCUCGCGAGGCUGAUUCUUGCCGACGCGCCGGAGCUAGUGGUCUGUCUCGGCUUCAUGCACAUUCUCUCACCACAGUUCUUGGAGCCUUUAGAGGCUGCUAAGACGAGGAUUAUUAAUUUGCACCCCGCACUGCCGGGGGCAUUUAAUGGUGUUAACGCGAUUGAUCGUGCUCAUGCUGCGUGGUUGGAGGGCAAGAUCGACAAAACUGGCGUUAUGAUGCACGAUGUCAUUUCCGAGGUGGAUAUGGGUACACCAAUCUUGGUCCGGGAGAUCCCCUUCCGAAAGGGUCAGGAUGAGAAUCUUGAGGCAUUCGAAACUCGAGUCCAUGAAACUGAGUGGGGGUUGUCAUUGAGGGAGUGGACUUGGUGCUGA